AAAUUCCGAUCUUUACACUCUUGACGAUACUGUGUAUGGCUCUAAAAUACUACUGCUUUGCUAGUUAUUCCUUUGUCGAACCUACUCAGCAUCGGUCGUUGGUGGCAAUAUUUUGGGUGGUUUGUUUAAAUUUACCUUUUGUUAAAUGGCCCAAUUUGACGAAGAAAAGCGUAUGUGGUAUGGACGUUACCGUCCAUCGAUAUUCAAUCCGCGAGCUAAUCUCGGACAGGUGUUGAUUAACGUAUUGGAGCGUACUCCGGAGAAGGUAGCGCAGGUAAACGUGGACACAGGAACGGAAGUAAGCUGCAAGCAGCUAAGGCGGCGAUCGGUCAGAUUCGCUAAAUAUCUCGCCAACUGUGGGUGCGUGCACGGUGAGGUUGUCGCACUGGUGGCACGAAACUCGUGUCACGUACCAGCCGUCACCUUCGGCUGUUUCCUUGCCGGUAUCACGGUGAACACACUGGAUCCGUCCUUUGAAUUGCCAGAAAUCGAGCAUAUGCUGCGCCUAACACGACCCAAGGUUAUAGUGUGUGAUUUUGAUAGAUUGCCAGUGAUAAGAACGGCUUGCGAAAGGAUUGGCUUACAAGUAGGCAAGUAUGGUUUGCUGCUGCUUCUUGAAUGUGGCAAGCGGUUGCCAACUGAUUGCUUUUCGGUAGACGAGCUCGUUUCUGCCGGAGAAGCCACCGAACAAAACCAGCUGAGCGAGGAAGAUAGCUACAUUCCUCCGUACUGGGGCGAAUCGACUAGAUUGACGGCGGCCAUCGUAUGUUCUUCCGGUACAACGGGCCUGCCCAAAGCAGUCCGCGUUUCUCACUCGCAGCUCAUUACAAUGCACGGUCGUAUCAGCCAGCUGGAUCAUAACGACACAAUCCUUUGCUUCAGCACGCUGUACUGGAUCUCGGGCUUCCAGAUGUUGCUGACUGGUACAUUAAAUGGUAUCCGGCGAUUGAUAACCGCGAAACCCCCCAGCGCGGCAUACACGAUCGAGCUAUGCAAACGCUACCAAGUGACGGUGCUCCUUACGACUCCUUCCUUAGCGACCGAUGUUGUGCAGUCGCUGCCCGAGACAGCUCGUUUAGAAUCGGUUAAGGUGUUCAUUGUUGGAGGCAGUGUCGUACCGCUGGCGUUGAGAAAAUCUUUAAAUCGCCACGCACUGGUAGAAGGGCGAGGAAGAUGUCUCGUCGCAUAUGGGCUGAGUGAGACUGGCGGAGGGGUGUCGUAUGAAAUCGAGCCACGCGAACAAUCCGUAGGUGCACUCUUAUCCGGGUGUGCGGCAAAGAUAAUUAGCGACGACGGUGUACCACAAGGUGCCGACAUAAAUGGUGAGCUGCUCAUUCGACCGCCUUAUCCAUUUCUUGGUUACCACGGAGAUGAAGCGGCCACUCGACAAGCGCUGGACGACGAAGGAUUCGUGCGCACCGGUGACGUUGCCUGCUUUGAUCGAAACGGUUUCCUGUAUAUCGUUGACCGCAAGAGAGACAUCUUAAAGUACGGUGGAUAUCAAAUCACACCAUCAAUACUGGAAGCAACGAUAAGUGAGCUGCCCGGUGUACGCCACGUAGCGGUCGUUGGCAUACCAGACCCAGAUCGCCCCUUCGAUGAUCUUGCGACGGCGCUGAUCGUCCGCCACGGUCAUAUGUCACCAGCACUAACGGAAGAGAUGGUGAUCAAGCACUGCAUGGAACAGAACGGGGGCGAGCAAUCGCGCUGUGAAUGCUAUCGAUUACGGGGCGGUGUAAGAUUUGUUGAUUGUCUACCAAUGACCGAAAACGGCAAAGUAAUCCGUAGUCUCGCACGAAAAUUAGCAAUCACGACUGGAUACGGUUCGGUCUAGUCACAUGCCGAUGAGAAGAGCACGGUAAUCCCUAGACCCCUACAACAAAUAAUAUUAUAUCAUAUUAAUAUACACGAUGUUAUAUUUGCCAAACUAUUGGCACCAUUGUA